CUGGACCUCCCGCCCCGCCCCGCCCCGCCCCUCACCGCCGUCCGCCGCCGCGCGCCGCCACCGCCUGCCUCGCCGCCACGCCUACCCCUACCCCAAGUGCCAACACACCCGCGACCAUCCACUACUGGCGACCCGCGGCCUUCGGGACUCCUCCCCGCUGCUUCGACUACGACCUGACAGCCCCGUAGCGGCGUGGGGAUGGCGAGCAGCAACACCGGCGAGCCGAGCACGGCGCCGCAACCGAAUCGGUGGUACGACCUUCGAUUGGGGUCCUCCUGCCGCGACCCCGCCCUUACCACCAAGUUCUGCACGCUCCGCUAUGAAUUUAAGCCAGCAUCUAUUGACAAGACUCAAGCUGGCUCUCUGCAGAAGAGCAAAGAUAACCGGGUAACUGUGGAAUUUCAUAACAAUCAGCCUGGCAGGCCAAAGGUGGCAUUCGAGGGAAGCCAAGAAGAGUACAAGGAUAAUGAUGGUGUCUUGUUUUUUGAUGGUGAGACCUUUCGCUUGGAACGAUUGCACCGGGCAGUCAAGAGAUUAAGGCAUGUCCGGGUUCCGGGAGAGUCUGUAGCAACUUCCUUGGCAGCUACAACUACUGGAAUGGGUGAAUCUCAUUCUCCUCCAUUAGCGAAAGUUGGCAAGUUGCCUGCAACGAGCAAACCUUCUAUACACUCAGUUCCGGUUGAGGUUGAGCACAUUGACAUUGGUGAACCUGAAAAUCCAGGACGAAGAAACAGUAACAGGAGCUCUACAUAUCAACCAGUCACCACAGACCCAUUUUCCUCUUCGCCUGAUCCCAAUGACCAAGAUGAAAACCUAGACAUACUCGGUGAUGAUGACAAUGGCUCACCCAAUAAUAUGGCCUCAGCACAAGGGACGUCUUAUCGUGGUUUUGACAUCAACUUGCCAAAUCAGCUCGACAUGGAUGAUGAGGUUGCUGAUGUUGAUGUAAAUGACGAAGCUGAGGAGGGACUUAAUGCAGCUGAGGCGCUGCGAGCUCAAGUCAAUGCAGAAGGACAGCAGGUGGAGCAGGCCACCUCUAGUUCAAGUGGAAGCAGCAGCGGGAGCGGAAGCGGGAGCGGCAGCAGCACCAGUGGUAGUGACGGCAGUGAUGGCGAUUCACCCAGCUCCGGAGGGGAUGUUGAUAUAUGAGUUCGGUUUCAGGCUGCUGACCGAACUUGCUGUCUAUGAAUCGCACUUAGCAUGUUUGGAUCAUGUCCUGAAGCAAGAUUGCCUGGCCUGAAGGGCGCCUGAGAUUUUGCCUGGAUUCUGUUUGGUUGGUGUCCUCAAUCAUCUUAUUAUAGCCUGGCCUGAAAACUUGUCAAUGCCAUUAGCCUGCCCUGGCCAGCCAGGCAACGUGAUUAGCCUGGGCCAGGCGUCCCGUUUGACACGCCUGGUGGGCUGAUGCAUCUGCCUGGUACUAUUUUAAUAUUUAUGGAAGUGAUGGGUGUCCAGAGUUUUAUCUA